AUUUAUCCCAAGGUCAAACCAUUAUUGCAGUGGGCUGAUUCAUUUCCCGUCAAUUUCUCCAACACGAAAUUGAUAAGAUUGCCCAUUUUGCUAUUACCGCAAGUGCUGAACUAUGCUUUCGCAUUCUAGUUCUCACAUCCCAGCCGCUUCUAACCGCAAAGCUCCAACGUGCACCCGUUGUCGCAAUCAUGGAAUCUAUAAUGUUCAGCUGAAAGGUCACCGAAAUGUUUGCAAGUUUAGGUUGUGUACCUGCAAGCAUUGCAUUUUGAUUGUGCAAAGAAGGCUUAUGGUUGUAAAACCUGACCGAGAACAAACAGAAUCUGGCGGAAAAUCUUCCAAGAAGAAAAGGUCAUCAAAGAAGGUGGUUGGUACGGAUAAGAAGAACGAUGGUGAAGGUUUGAUCAGCAAUCCCUUGCCGACUACAAUUACACAAAGAAAAGGUAAGAUCGAGGAUCGAGAAUUUUCCUCAUUUUACUUAGUUAUCAAAGCUAUUGGCAUAAUUUCAGCAAACUUUGGUUAAGAUCAAAUUUGGAAAAAAAGAAAAAAGUAGCCGUUCAAGUGGACUUUUAGGAAAGUUACGGAACAGCGAAGUGAAGCAAAAAUGUGUCAAAUAAAGGUGGAAUGUAACUGAAAAAAAGGCCAAUGAUCUGCGAGAAAAAAGGUUAAGCAACUUACAAAUGAUAAUUCGUACGUCAAAACCUGUCGAUAAUCAUAGAUUUGGCUUCUGAAAAUUAGCCUUGCAAAAAAACUAAACUCAGUUUCACCUAAUUUUAAGUUCACAUUUCGUGGAAAGGCCUUUCAAAAAAUGUUGUCAGGAUGCUUUUGGGUGUUUCAAACUUCUUCCAGUUUUUUAAGCUAAUUUAGAUGAAAAAGGUCUUCCAUAAAGGUAUGCGCCAAUUGUUUGGCAAUGCAAGUGAUGCCUUGUCUCUCCUUUAAAUCCAAUCUCCAGGAUGACACAAAAGUAUUAAACUUUCUAAAACCGUACAAUUAACGAGGAAAUUGAUUUUCCGUUUCCAGAACAUCCACAAUUUCCUGUAGCCAAUCUCGAAGCAGUCAGCUUAAGAGAAGUUCCAGUUGUGAAUCACAGUUCUGCUAAUUCACCCAGGAAACAACCUCGACUCCUCCCAGCAGAUGGCGCUGCACCCAUGACAAGUCUACCGGUGUCCCAUUAUUAUGGUUUCAUGUACUGUACCCCACGGAUGGAGAUGCGAAGUUUUAAUCCUAGUAACCCAUCCUCCGUUUCAAUGGCUUCUCCUCGGGUUUCCAGCCCUUCUAGCUCUGGGAUGAUGAUUCCAAUAGCUGAACAGCCUCACAUGGUCGGAAAUUUUCCUGUUACCCGCACUCGGGUAGGCUGUUUCAACUAUUUUGCAUUAAUGAUAGCCCAAAAUUCAUUAGAAAGAUAUUAAGAAACAAACCAGGAAAAAAAAAAACGCUUCUUAUAAGUGAAAAUUGGGAGUGUCAACCAAUAGACUUUUUCUCUAAACUGGAUUGAUCUCACUGGAGCAACCAUACUCAGGACACAAAAGCGAAUAUAAAGAGAAAAAACCGUUUUGCGUCUUCUAAUUGAGUAGAAACAGUUUAGCAUGUUAUCCACAACCAAGUUUUAUGUUUUCGUGAACAACGUCUUGAAAAAACAAAAUAUCAGAUAGUUAUUCAGAGCCUAUAUAGUCAAAAAUGAAGAAAGGAAAAUAGUGCGGUUUUACUGUCUCUUAAUUUCUAAUUUCUAUUUCUCUUAUUCUGCUUCCAUUUUUGGACGUUGUUGGAUCAGGUUUAAUUGAGUUAAAACUUUUCUCUGCUAACAGGGAAAGGCCUGUUCGAUGUUGGAUCUGUUUAACAGCUUUCAUUAAGAAUGAUCUCUUUCUAAUGUUUUGACAGGGUUUUACCAUCAAUUCACCGGCACAGCUGAAUGUGACCAUUCCACGCCCUAUGGAACAUUUCUAGAGAACUCAAUGGGGAGGGGAAAGGGUGGUGGCCUUUCCCCCUGGCCCCAUGUCAGUCACAAGAAACGACACCAAGGCAAAAAACUUCCAUUGACGUUCACCAGGAGUUUCCAAACUCCUUGAGACUUUCGUUAUAUCUGUUUGCCUCAUUAACUGUUUGAGGACAUUUGUGAUAAUUGUUGAGAGAAACUAACACAUCCGAAUUGUGGAAUGAAAACUGCUCAAUAAAUAAAAACUUCUGAAAAUGACACUGUUUAAAACGUUUCGAGCAAUAGUAAGCAUUUUUCGCAACUAAGGAGUUGGGAG